CCAGGAGCCUUGCCGCACCUGCCGGCCGGGACAAAGGCGCGCCACUGCCCGGAAAUUCCCCGCGCCCCUCUUUCCCGCUCGUCGCCAGGCAGCUUCAAAGCUGUCAACGUUUCCCUUAGUUCCCGGUACGAGUGACAGUUUUGAAUAUACUAACACUGAAUCAGCACUUCUAAAGCCCUGCCUUCUCUCACUGGCUUCAGUUGGCCUUCAGACAUAAUGAGGAGACUGGCUUUUCGAGGCGCUGGUUGUGCUCUGGUAAAGCUGAAGAAGUUGGAUUCCAUGGGUUCCAAGAGACGAAGAGCUACCUCCCCUUCCAGCAGUGUCAGUGGGGACUUUGAUGACGGGCAUCAUUCUGUGUCUACACCAGGCCCAAGCAGGAAAAGGAGGAGACUUUCUAAUCUUCCAACUGUAGAUCCCAUUGCUGUUUGCCAUGAACUCUACAACACCAUCCGAGACUAUAAGGAUGAUCAGGGCAGACUCCUCUGUGAGCUCUUCAUUAGGGCACCAAAGCGAAGAAAUCAACCAGACUAUUAUGAAGUGGUUUCUCAACCCAUUGACUUGAUGAAAAUCCAACAGAAACUAAAAAUGGAAGAGUAUGAUGAUGUUAAUCUGCUGACUGCUGACUUCCAACUGCUUUUUAACAACGCAAAGGCCUAUUAUAAGCCAGAUUCUCCUGAAUAUAAAGCUGCUUGCAAACUCUGGGAUUUGUAUCUUCGAACAAGAAAUGAGUUUGUUCAGAAAGGAGAAGCAGAUGAUGAAGAUGAUGAUGAAGAUGGACAAGACAAUCAAGGCGCAGUGACUGAAGGAUCUUCUCCAAGUUACCUUAAAGAGAUCCUGGAGCAGCUUCUUGAAGCCAUUGUUGUAGCCACAAAUCCAUCAGGACGGCUCAUUAGUGAACUUUUUCAGAAACUGCCUUCUAAAGUGCAAUAUCCAGACUAUUAUGCAAUAAUUAAGGAGCCUAUAGAUCUCAAGACCAUUGCACAGAGGAUACAGAAUGGAAGCUACAAAAGUAUUCAUGCAAUGGCCAAAGAUAUAGAUCUCCUAGCAAAAAAUGCGAAAACUUAUAAUGAGCCUGGUUCUCAAGUAUUCAAGGAUGCAAAUUCAAUUAAAAAAAUAUUUUAUAUGAAAAAGGCAGAAAUUGAACAUCAUGAAAUGGCUAAGUCAAGUCUUCGAAUGAGGACUCCAUCAAAUUUGUCAGCGACCAGGCUGACAGGCCCUUCGCACAGUAAAGGCAGCCUUGGUGAAGAGAGAAAUACCACUAGCAAGUAUUAUCGUAAUAAAAGAGCAGUCCAAGGGGGCCGUUUGUCAGCAAUUACCAUGGCACUUCAGUACGGCUCAGAAAGUGAAGAGGAUGCUGCAUUAGCUGCUGCACGUUAUGAAGAAGGAGAGUCAGAAGCAGAGAGCAUCACUUCCUUUAUGGAUGUUUCAAAUCCCUUUUAUCAGCUGUAUGACACAGUUAGGAGCUGUCGGAAUAACCAAGGGCAGCUAAUAGCUGAACCUUUUUUCCAUUUACCUUCAAAGAAGAAAUAUCCUGAUUAUUACCAGCAAAUUAAAAUGCCCAUAUCACUACAACAGAUUAGAACAAAACUAAAGAACCAAGAAUAUGAAACUUUAGAUCAUUUGGAGUGUGAUCUGAAUUUAAUGUUUGAAAAUGCCAAGCGCUAUAAUGUUCCCAAUUCAGCCAUCUAUAAACGAGUUCUAAAAUUGCAGCAAGUCAUGCAGACAAAGAAGAAAGAGCUUGCCAGAAGAGAUGACAUAGAGGAUGGAGACAGCAUGAUCUCUUCAGCCACCUCUGAUACUGGUAGUGCCAAAAGAAAAAGGAACACUCAUGACAGUGAGAUGUUGGGUCUCAGGAGGCUAUCCAGUAAAAAGAACAUAAGAAAACAGCGAAUGAAAAUCUUAUUCAAUGUUGUUCUUGAAGCUCGAGAGCCAGGUUCAGGCAGAAGACUUUGUGAUCUAUUUAUGGUUAAACCGUCCAAGAAGGACUAUCCUGAUUAUUAUAAAAUCAUCUUAGAGCCAAUGGAUUUGAAAAUAAUUGAGCAUAAUAUCCGCAAUGACAAAUAUGCAGGUGAAGAGGGAAUGAUAGAAGACAUGAAGCUGAUGUUCAGGAAUGCGAGGCACUACAAUGAAGAGGGCUCCCAGGUAUACAAUGAUGCCCAUAUCCUGGAGAAGUUACUCAAGGAUAAAAGGAAAGAGCUGGGGCCGCUGCCUGAUGAUGAUGACAUCACAUCUCCCAAACUCAAACUGAGUAGAAAGAGUGGUGUUUCUCCUAAAAAAUCAAAAUACAUGACUCCAAUGCAGCAGAAACUAAAUGAAGUCUAUGAAGCUGUAAAGAACUAUACUGAUAAAAGAGGUCGCCGCCUCAGUGCCAUAUUUCUGAGGCUUCCUUCCAGAUCUGAGUUGCCUGACUACUAUCUGACCAUUAAAAAGCCCAUGGACAUGGAAAAAAUUCGAAGUCAUAUGAUGGCCAACAAGUACCAAGAUAUAGACUCUAUGGUUGAGGACUUCGUCAUGAUGUUUAAUAAUGCCUGUACAUACAAUGAGCCUGAGUCUUUGAUCUACAAAGAUGCCCUUGUCCUACAUAAAGUCCUGCUUGAAACUCGGAGAGACCUGGAGGGAGAUGAGGACUCUCAUGUCCCAAAUGUGACCUUGCUGAUUCAAGAGCUCAUCCAUAAUCUUUUUGUGUCGGUCAUGAGUCAUCAGGAUGAUGAGGGACGAUGCUACAGUGAUUCCUUAGCAGAAAUUCCUGGUGUGGAUCCCACUUUUCCUAACAAACCUCCCCUUACUUUUGACAUUAUUAGGAAGAAUGUUGAAAAUAAUCGCUACCGGCGGCUUGAUUUAUUUCAAGAGCAUAUGUUUGAAGUAUUGGAAAGGGCAAGAAGGAUGAAUCGGACAGAUUCUGAAAUAUAUGAGGAUGCAGUAGAACUUCAGCAGUUUUUUAUUAGAAUUCGUGAUGAACUCUGCAAAAAUGGAGAGAUCCUUCUUUCUCCAGCACUCAGCUAUACCACAAAGCAUUUGCAUAAUGAUGUGGAGAAAGAAAAAAAGGAAAAAUUACCAAAAGAAAUAGAGGAAGAUAAACUAAAACGAGAAGAAGAAAAAAGAGAAGCUGAAAAGAGUGAAGAUUCGUCAGGUGCUACUGGCCUGUCAGGCUUACAUCGCACAUACAGCCAGGACUGCAGCUUUAAGAACAGCAUGUACCAUGUUGGAGAUUAUGUGUAUGUGGAACCUGCAGAAGCCAACCUACAACCACAUAUAGUCUGUAUUGAGAGACUGUGGGAAGAUUCAGCUGGUGAAAAAUGGUUGUAUGGCUGUUGGUUUUAUCGGCCAAAUGAAACAUUCCAUCUGGCUACACGAAAAUUUCUAGAAAAAGAAGUUUUUAAGAGUGACUAUUAUAAUAAAGUUCCUGUUAAUAAAAUUCUAGGCAAAUGUGUGGUCAUGUUUGUCAAGGAAUACUUUAAAUUAUGCCCAGAAAGCUUUCGAGAUGAGGAUGUUUUUGUCUGUGAAUCACGGUAUUCUGCUAAAACCAAAUCUUUUAAGAAAAUUAAAUUGUGGACUAUGCCCAUCAGUUCAGUUAGGUUUGUCCCUCGAGAUGUACCUCUGCCUGUGGUUCGAGUUGCCUCUGUAUUUGCAAAUGCAGAUAAAGGGGAUGAUGAGAAGAAUACAGAUAACUCAGAGGACAGUCGAGUUGAAGAUAAUUUUAACUUGGAAAAGGAAAAAGAAGAUGUCCCUGUGGAAAUGUCCAACGGUGAACCAGGUUGCCACUACUUUGAGCAGCUUCGUUACAAUGACAUGUGGCUGAAGGUUGGCGAUUGUGUCUUCAUCAAGUCCCAUGGUCUGGUGCGCCCCCGCGUGGGCAGAAUUGAAAAAGUGUGGGUCCGAGAUGGAGCUGCAUAUUUUUAUGGCCCCAUUUUCAUUCACCCAGAAGAAACAGAGCAUGAGCCCACAAAAAUGUUCUACAAAAAAGAAGUGUUUCUGAGUAAUCUGGAAGAAACCUGUCCCAUGACAUGUAUUCUGGGAAAGUGUGCUGUGUUGUCAUUCAAGGACUUCCUCUCCUGCAGGCCAACUGAAAUACCAGAAAAUGACAUUCUGCUUUGUGAGAGUCGCUACAAUGAGAGUGACAAGCAGAUGAAGAAAUUCAAGGGACUGAAGAGGUUUUCGCUCUCUGCUAAAGUGGUAGAUGAUGAAAUUUACUACUUCAGAAAACCAAUUGUUCCUCAGAAAGAGCCCUCACCUUUGUUGGAAAAGAAGAUCCAAUUGUUAGAAGCUAAAUUUGCUGAGUUAGAAGGUGGAGAUGAGGAUGUUGAAGAGAUGGGAGAAGAAGAUAGUGAGGUCAUUGAACCUCCUUCUCUACCUCAGCUUCAGACUCCCCUGUCCAGUGAACUGGACCUCAUGCCCUACACACCCCCACAGUCUACCCCAAAGUCUGCCAAAGGCAGUGCAAAGAAGGAAGGCUCCAAACGGAAAAUCAACAUGAGUGGCUACAUCCUGUUCAGCAGUGAGAUGAGAGCUGUGAUUAAGGCCCAGCACCCAGACUACUCUUUUGGGGAGCUCAGCCGACUGGUGGGGACAGAGUGGAGAAACCUUGAGACAGCCAAGAAGGCAGAAUAUGAAGAGCGGGCAGCUAAAGUUGCUGAGCAGCAGGAGAGAGAGCGAGCAGCACAGCAACAACAGCCGAGUGCUUCUCCCCGAGCAGGCACCCCUGUGGGGGCUCUCAUGGGGGUGGUGCCACCACCAACACCAAUGGGGAUGCUCAAUCAGCAGUUGACACCUGUUGCAGGCAUGAUGGGUGGCUAUCCGCCAGGCCUUCCACCUUUGCAGGGCCCAGUUGAUGGCCUUGUUAGCAUGGGCAGCAUGCAGCCACUUCACCCUGGGGGGCCUCCACCCCACCAUCUUCCGCCAGGUGUGCCCGGCCUCCCGGGCAUCCCACCACCGGGUGUGAUGAACCAAGGAGUGGCCCCUAUGGUAGGGACUCCAGCACCAGGUGGAAGUCCAUAUGGACAACAGGUGGGAGUUUUAGGGCCUCCAGGACAGCAGGCACCACCUCCAUAUCCUGGCCCACAUCCAACUGGACCUCCUGUUAUACAACAGCCAACAACACCCAUGUUUGUGGCUCCCCCACCGAAGACCCAGCGACUUCUUCACUCCGAGGCCUACCUGAAAUACAUUGAGGGACUCAGUGCUGAGUCCAAUAGCAUUAGCAAAUGGGACCAAACUCUAGCAGCUCGAAGACGUGAUGUCCAUUUGUCAAAAGAACAGGAGAGCCGCCUCCCCUCUCACUGGCUCAAAAGUAAAGGGGCCCACACCACCAUGGCAGAUGCCCUCUGGCGUCUACGGGAUUUGAUGCUUCGAGACACCCUCAACAUUCGCCAAGCGUACAACCUAGAAAACGUUUAGUAACAACAUUAUGUUUUGUUUUGUUUUGUUUUUUUAUAGAAGCAUAAAGAGUUGUGGAACAGUAGCCAUUUUAGUUACUGGGGGUGGGGGGAAGGAACAAAGGAUGAUGAUUUUUAUUGCAUUUUACUGUACAUCACAAGGCCAUUUUUAUAUAAGGACACUUUUAAUAAGCUAUUUCAAUUUGGUUUUGUUAUAUUAAGUUGACUUUAUCAAAUACACAAAGAUUUUUUGGCAUAUGUUUCCUUUGUUUAAAACCAGUUUCAUAAUUGGUUGUAUAUGUAGACUUGGAGUUUUAUCUUUUUACUUGUUGUGAUGGGACUGAAACCAUCCAAGGUUUUGUCUUGGCUUGGGGUUUUGGGGGGUUUUUGUUUUGUUUUGUUUGGGAUUUGUUUUGUUUUGUUUUGUUUUUUACAAAAGAAAAAAAUGAAAAAAAAACACAAGAGUUUACAGAUUAGUUUAAGUUGACAAUGAAAUGUGAAGUUGGUCCUAGUUUACAUCUUAGAGAGGGUAGCGUGUUUGUAUAUGUUUCAUGUGCCUGAAUAUCUUAAGCCACUUUCCCAAAAAGCUGUUUCUUACAAGUAAAGUGCUUUCUUUGAAAGGUUGUUUAGAUUAUGGGUGUUUGAGAGACAUGGCACAUUUGCUCUGUUAACUCAGAGGCUCACUAUAGAAAUCUGUGGUCAAUGUUGUGUGUCCACCCACAGCCUGUGUGCCUCCCAAAUUCCUGGAGGGAAUGCAGUUUUUCUUGUGCCGAGUUAGACAUCUAUGGUGUCAAGUGGUUUUGCAGAACAUGUUCAUAGCCCUGAAUUAUAUCUAGUCUUGGCAGGUAAGUUUAAGGGUACUUUUGAUCUGUUUCUAAUGAAUUUGCAACUUAUGCCUAUAUAUGUUAGAUGAGUUUGAAAUUUCAAAUCUAUUACAUUGAAAACUUCAAAGUUCAUCUUGAGAAAAGCAUAGAGGUAUGCAUGGAGGUGAUUUAUUUUUAAGCAUAACACAUAACAUAAGGAAGGAAGUGUGUAAUUGGAUCUGAGCUGUGUCAUGAGCAUAAUUGUGACAUACGGUAGAUUACCUGCACUUGCAAAUGUUUCAUAGUCAUUGUUUCUUUAUUAUCAGUUGUGGCAUUUUUUUUUUCUUCUAAGUUUCAGGGUUGUAAUUCUCAAUCAGAAAUUUAUUUCUUCCUAAAAUAUGUUUUUCAAUUUAGCUUGUGCUUUUGAAUUAUAGGAGAAGGGAAUCAUAAUUUAAGAAAAAUGCUCACUAAAGAGACCAUUAUGGAUCCCAAACACUUGGGUUUGGUGACCUCGUCUUUCUUAUAUGGCCCUAGAAUAAACAUUUGGAGGCAGCAUAUGCUGCUUAGAUGGUAGGAAACUGCAAACAUGGAACAUUACUUCACUUGGUGGUGUGUUUUUGAAACCUGCUUUAUUGUAACAGGAUGGUUGCAUUGUCAAGGUGAAGCUUCCACACUGCUGUUUGUAAGUUGAGAGAGGGUACUUUUUUCCUUUUAAUCUGCUCUGAAUCAAUACCCAGAUGUUUAAUUACCAUACUUAAUAAAUCAUGAGGGCAAAAGAUUAUAGAAUGGAAAAAGUCUGUUGUAUCUAGAUAAUUACAAGGAGGCCCUUGUAAUUUAAUUGCCAUUAGUCAACCACUGGAUCUCAGUUUGCAUCAAGUAUUUUAAAUAAUUUUGAAUUUUAAAAAAUAUAUUGCAGUAGUAUUUCAGUACCUUAUUGUUAAACUGAAUCAGAUAAAGAAAUCUCCAAUUCCUGGUUAUUUCGACCAUUGAAUCAUCAUGGACUGUGUAAUGCAAUCAGAUUCUUUUCUUUUUAGACAUCCUUGAAUUACACCAAAGAACCUGAAACUUAAUUUUGGUUAAAUUAUUUAUUUAUUUCAUACAUUCAUUUUAUUUCCCUUUUUAAGGUCUGGAUGAGACUUUUUGGGGGAACUUCUAAAAACUCUUCACUGUGGGCCACAGGGGCACUUAGAAACAGAGCGCUCCUCCUCCAGGCUCCUUCCCAGUACCUUAGGAGCUCCUUAAGGCAGUGCAGAGCCAGCCCAGGGUGCCAAUAGGCAGGCCCUAAUUAAGUUUAAAAAUAAAAUAAACUAUUUAUUUUAGAAUCAUGUCUUUCUAUGUACUAACUUGGAGAAUAUCAGUUAAUAUUUAGAAUAUAAGAUUUGAGGUGAACCAUCUUCCAAAAAAGAAAAAUAAAAAAGUCCUGACAUAAGAAAGUACAGGUAAACAGUACAUCUUUUCUCCCAUGAGUUUUAGGAACUGUAGUAAUGUGGCUUAGAAAGUAUAAUGACCUAAAUGUUUUUAAAAUGUAAGUUCCUGUGGAGAAGAACUUUGUUCAUUUGGAGGGAGGGGCCUAUAGAUUUAAAAUAGAAUGUUUGUCAGCUGAUUUAAAAGGCCUUUAAUUGAUAUUUUUUUUAACUCACCCUCCUCUUCCGAUGAGGAAGAAUUGAGGGGAGGACAGUUACUUGUGUAAAAUCCCCCAAAUUGAUGGUAUUAACUUCUCAGCUUGAACCUUUCCAGACCUGAUUAAAAUUUGGUUUAUUCUAAUUUCUGUAUCAUAUCAUCAUCUGAGGUUUAAGUGGUUACUAGUCUUAUAACAUGUAUGUAUCAUAUGUUUGUUCAUUUAAAGCUUUUUAAUCCAAAUAAAAAUGGAGUUUGCAAAGUGA